GAAAACUCUCUUCCGGUUAGCAAAAAUGGCUCAAGGUACAAAAAAGUUUAAAGCUCAGCGGCCUGGAGCCUCCAAGAAACACCAACAAAACAAACAGAAAGGACCGAAGAAAGGAGGGAGGAUUAUUGCACCAAAGAAGGCUCAAGUGGUCGAACAACAGAAAUUGAAGAAGGGUCUAGAGAUUGCCAUCAGGAACAAGAUUGAGAAGGAAGUGACCCAGAGGGCGAGCUUAUCCCUCCACAAGCCGCUGAGUGUGGUCAAAGGGGCUGAGGGUAAAGGCAAAGCGGGAACAGCCAAUCCAGGAAGCAGCUCCAAAUAGGACCUGAUACACAACUGCACACCUGAGUCUGAGGGUAUUACAUCAAAAAGCUGCUGAAGCUGAAUAACUGUGUCCAUUGAUCACUGAGCUACAUAUAAUUUCAAAUAUAUGCCAUCUUUUCUUUUUGUUUCAGCUGCCAUCAGGCAUGUAGAAAUAGUCCAAGUUGUUCUUGUACAGAUUUAGAUUUUACAAACAAAUUCUCAAAAUAAGAUGAGAAAUUCUGGAUAUGAUCUGCAGCCAUUGAAUUUACAUAAACCUCCAAUGGAGGGUACAAAGAUACUUGAAGGACUCCUGCAGUCUGUGAUUUCCUUGCUGUGUUUCUUAUUGUAAACACCUAAUUCAAAACAGAACAGACAUGAGAAAUAAUUAUAUGGUGUACAGAAAACAAUGUUUACUGUUUUGUAUUUAAGUUGCAGAGCCAUACAACUUCACACAGUGAACCUGUAUUAGAUGUAUUUGUGUUGCUGCAUAAAACCAAAGGAUGGUAAUCCUGACUAAUGAA